CGGAAGUAAAAGCAGCCUUUCCUCACGCUGCUGUUGAUGCGCUUAAACUUCUUGCAUACCAACAACAGCAGCCGCUCACGAUGCUUAAAUAUCAAAAUGGUAAUUUAUUAUAAAGACAAAUUCGCAUUUAAAUGUUAUAGAAAUGGCAGUGGGCCAUGUGAAAUUGUCUCAAAAAAGCCCUUGACGUGGAAAAAUGGUUACACGUGUUUAUACUGCAUAAAUGCUUAUCUGUCCCGAUGUGCCCAUGAAGGCCUUGUUUCAGCGUAGGCUUCAGAAAUUGAGGCACUAUAGAGGAGUCCAGUCUUCAUUUAGGGAAUCACUUUGAAUUGGUACUUCCCUGCAAUAUCGUGGUCAAGAUGGAGUCCUACCUCUUCCCAUUCGACAGCCUGAUCUGUAUGCUCUUGGGCAUCUCCUUCACAGUGUGGUUCACUCUUCUGCUGGUUUUCAUUAUCGUACCCGCAAUCCUGGGUGUGUCGAUUGGGAUCCGAAGGCUUUACAUGAAAUCACUGAUCAAGCUUUUUGAAUGGGCGACAUUAAGAAUGGAGAGAGGAGCCAAGGAGAAAAAUCAGCAUCUCUACAAACCCUACAGCAAUGGGAUCAUUGCUAAAGAGCUAGUGUCACUUGAACAGGAGAUCCAGGAAAUGAGGCGUGGUGGCACAGAGCCUGAGUUUGAUAUGUCUGACAUCUUCCAUUUCUGCCGGCGAGGUGUGGAGAGCAUCGUGGACGAUGAGGUAACCAAACGCUUCACAGCAGAGGAGCUACAGUCCUGGAACCUCCUGACCCGCAGCAACUACAACUUCCACCACAUCAGCACAAGACUCACAGCGCUGUGGGGUGUUGGAGUGCUCAUACGCUAUGGGUUCCUGUUGCCGCUCAGGGUCACUCUUGCUUUCACUGGUGUCGGUCUUCUCGUGGUUUUGUCGACAAUCGUUGGCCUGUUUCCAAAUGGAAGGAUGAAGAAUUUUCUGAGCGAUAAGGUUCAUCUGAUGUGUUACCGCAUCUGUGUGCGAGCUCUCACCGCCAUCAUCACCUACCAUGACAGUGAGAAUAAACCGAAAAAUGGAGGAAUCUGUGUGGCUAAUCAUACGUCUCCUAUUGAUGUCAUCAUUCUGGCCAGUGACGGAUGCUACGCUAUGGUGGGCCAGGUCCACAGUGGUCUAAUGGGGGUUAUUCAGAGGGCGAUGGUCAAAGCCUGUCCGCACAUUUGGUUUGAGAGGUCUGAAGUCAAGGACAGACACCUAGUGGCCAAAAGAUUAAGUGACCAUGUUGCAGACGAAAGUAAACUGCCCAUCCUCAUAUUCCCAGAGGGAACAUGUAUUAACAACACUUCAGUCAUGAUGUUCAAGAAAGGAAGCUUUGAGAUCGGCUGUACAGUUUACCCUGUUGCCAUAAAGUAUGACCCUCGUUUUGGUGAUGCGUUCUGGAACAGCAGUAAGUUUGGGAUGGUGAGCUAUCUACUACACAUGAUGAGUAGUUGGGCCAUCGUCUGCAGUGUCUGGUACCUUCCUCCAAUGAGCAAAUUGGAAAGUGAGGAUGCUGUGCAGUUUGCCAACAGGGUCAAAGCUGCCAUUGCUAGAAAGGGAGGCCUGGCAGACUUGUUGUGGGACGGUGGUCUAAAACGUGGGAAAGUUAAACAAGUUUUCAAAGAGGAGCAGCAGAAGCUUUACAGCAAAGUUUUAGUGGGCAGCAGUGAAGACCGCAGUCGCUCUUGAAGGGAGGCAGCUGUAUUACAUGACUUAAAUCGUGCUGCACAGCGCUCGCGGUGAGACCCUGGACCCUCCACAGAAUGCAGUGCGGCCUUUGACUGGCCCCUUCCUGAACCCGCUCAGGCAGAACUGUAGAACUUAAAAUCUAUUAAGGGCCGGUGGGAGAAAAUCUGCUGCCAGAUCCUCUGCUCACUGCUGUGCCUCGGGAGCUUUUUGCCUUAUUGCACGAUUGUCUCAGUGGCAUUUCAAUUCCUGGGCUGAUUUCAGUUUGGAGUUAAAAGUGGAAUACUUGAUUAUUUUUGUUUUGUUUCCUUCACAGUCUGUUACUUUUUUGAAUAUUUGUGUUCUGUUACUGUAUUGCAUGAUGUCCUGGGAGAAGAGUGAGUUUGAAAUGCUUUAUUUAAGCUUGUAAAAUACAAAAACUGAGAGGAUGGUGUGCAGAGAGCUUUAGUGUUGCUAGUCAGAAGAACCAUGUCUGUUAAUUGAUUGGAUGCUCCGUGUUCAUCUCCUCAUGGCAGCCUAUCUAGUGAGCUGUUUGUUUUUGUUUUUUAAUAAAACACUGUUCUUUUUAAACAGUUUUGUGAGGUAAAAAAAAAGUAUGUAAUUCAAAACAGCUUUAAAAUUCAAGUUGUGACUGUGUGUAAUUUAUGUUGUAGAACAAAACAUCCAUGUAUCGUCAAGUAAUGUUUACCACACACUUUAUUUUUCUCAUAAGUUCAAAAACUCCAUUAUAAAACCCCAUAGGAAAGCCAGAACCCAUUGUGAAUUAUCUUCCGGGGUUUUGGACCAUUUCAAGAUGUUUUAAGGAAGGUAGUUCUUUGAGCCCACACCUUUUGGUUUUUCAAAGAUC